UUAAUUUUAUCUUGUAAUUAGUACUAAGUCUUAUGCUCCUUUUUCUUGCAGAAAAAGAACAGCAAGAAGCAAUUGAACAUAUCGAUGAAGUACAAAAUGAAAUAGACAGACUUAAUGAACAAGCCAGUGAGGAGAUCUUGAAAGUAGAACAGAAAUAUAAUAAACUCCGCCAACCAUUUUUUCAGAAGAGGUCAGAAUUGAUCGCCAAAAUCCCAAAUUUUUGGGUAACAACAUUCGUCAACCAUCCGCAAGUGUCUGCACUGCUUGGGGAGGAAGAUGAAGAGGUGUUGCAUUAUUUGACCAGAGUUGAAGUGACAGAAUUUGAAGAUAUUAAAUCAGGUUACAGAAUAGAUUUUUAUUUUGAUGAAAAUCCUUAUUUCGAAAAUAAAGUUCUUUCCAAAGAAUUUCAUCUGAAUGAGAGUGGUGAUCCAUCUUCAAAGUCCACUGAAAUCAAAUGGAAAUCCGGAAAGGAUUUGACGAAACGUUCAAGUCAAACACAGAAUAAAGCCAGCAGGAAGAGGCAGCAUGAGGAACCAGAGAGCUUCUUUACCUGGUUUACUGACCAUUCUGAUGCAGGUGCAGAUGAGUUAGGAGAAGUCAUCAAAGAUGAUAUUUGGCCAAAUCCGUUACAGUACUACUUGGUUCCUGAUAUGGAUGAUGAAGAAGGGGAAGGAGAAGAAGAUGAUGAUGAUGAUGAAGAAGAAGAAGGAUUGGAAGAUAUUGAUGAAGAAGGGGAUGAGGAUGAAGGUGAAGAAGAUGAAGAUGAUGAUGAAGGGGAGGAAGGAGAGGAGGAUGAAGGAGAAGAUGACUAAUAGAAUACUGAUGGAUUCCAACCUUCCUUUUUUUUUUUUUUUUUUUUUAAAUUUUCUCCAGUCUCUGGGAGCAAGUUGCAGUCUUUUUUUUUUUUUUUCUUCCCCCAUUUCCACCCCCCCUCUUGUGCUCAGUCGCCCUGUUCUUGAGGUCUCUUUUCUCUACACCAUG